AUGGGAAGGCUUGACCGUGAUUAUGAGGAUGCUACUUUCGUACUUGACGCAAUUCGAUUUGUUGCUGAAUAUGGAUGGGCUUUUCUGCCACUAUAUCGGUUCAACCCAGGCACCGGUGAGUGGACGCACUGUCGUCGCGACUUCACUCUUCCUGAUCGUAAAUGGCUUGGACACAUAGCCUACACCCAAAAAGGAAUGAUAUGGCGUCGAGCGAGGCAGCCAGAUAAGUCUUCUCAAGGCAGCUCUCGUAGCACAUCCUUGCCCUUAAGUUAUCAGCGUUGCAUCCAAGAUGCAUACAAAGAAUAUACUGCAACUCUUAGAGAAGUUGGAUCCAGGUCAUUUGUGGGUGUUCCUGAUAAUUCGGCAACCUUUGAUGAAGCAACUAAACGCCUUCGUUGGUUCCUUCUCCCAUGCGAAGCUGUUGCGGAGCUGCGAAGCGAAACCAGUAAUAGUAAUAUAUAA